AUGUACACAGAAAAUCGAGAUUUUACAUAUAAGAGCAUUUUGCAAAGUCUUGCCUUCUUGGAAGUUAUUCAUGGGGCUGUUGGAAUUAUGCCGAGUGGUGUGUUGCUUCCCUUGAUGCAAUGGGGAGGAAGGACUCACUUUUUGUUUGCUAUUGUUCGUCGAAUUUCAGAGGUGCAGGAACUACCUUUGAAGACCACGUUUGUUGCUUGGGGUGUAUCUGAGGCGAUCAGGUACUCACAUUAUGCACUCUACUGCAUCGGCAGUUCACCAAAAUGGAUCACUUUAAUCAGGUACAAUGCAUUCAUUGUCUUGUACCCUAUUGGAGUUUUUCCUGGUGAAAUGUGGCUUAUGUACCAAGUGCUUCUGUUCAUAAAGGAGGAAAAUCUAUAUGCAGAUAGCCUUCCAUUCAGCUACUACUACUUCGUGCUGCUUCUUCUUUUCUGCUAUCCAUUUUUGUGGUUGAAACUUUACCUUCACUUAUUCAAGCAACGUCGAUCCAAACUUGGAAAACAAGACAAGAAGAAGCGAAGCUGA